AUGUUGGGUUUAAACAGAAUUCUGAGCCUCCGGGCUGCCCGGGUUCGGAGCUGUGGUUCGCCGGGAGCCAAACUUUCACACCGGUCUUCUUCAUGCCAAAACCCCGGUGCCAGUUCGAGGAUUUACUGUGCGUGUCUGUUGCUGCUGCUACUGGUGACGCCUCGGGUGGAUUCAUCAUGGUGGUACAUUGGUGCGCUGGGGGCCCGUGUGAUCUGCGACAACAUCCCAGGCCUGGUGAAUAAGCAGCGGCAACUCUGUCAGCGCCACCCAGACAUCAUGCAGGCCAUUGGCGAGGGCACCAAAGAGUGGAUCAGAGAGUGCCAGCACCAAUUCAGACACCACCGCUGGAACUGCAGCACGCUGGACCGCGACCACACCGUGUUUGGACGUGUCUUGCUACGGAGCAGUCGUGAAGCAGCAUUCGUCUACGCCAUCUCCUCAGCAGGAGUGGUGUAUGCGCUUACUCGUGCCUGCAGCCAGGGGGAGCUGAAAACGUGUAACUGCGACCCGCACAAGCGGGGACGGGCUAGCGAUGAGAGAGGAGAGUUUGACUGGGGUGGCUGUAGUGAUAAUAUCAACUAUGGCAUAAAGUUUGCCAAAGCCUUCAUAGAUGCCAAAGAGAGGACAGUUCGAGAUGCACGGGCACUCAUGAACCUACACAACAACCGCUGUGGCAGAACAGCAGUGAAGCGUUUCAUGAAGUUGGAGUGUAAAUGUCACGGUGUGAGCGGCUCUUGCACACUCCGGACGUGUUGGAUGGCCAUGUCAGACUUCAGGAAGACUGGUGACUACCUGAGGAGGAAAUACAACGGGGCCAUCGAGGUGACGAUGAAUCAGGAUGGGACAGGCUUCGCUGUAGCUAACAAAGCCUUCAGGAAGGCCACCAAGAACGACCUGGUCUACUUUGAGAACUCUCCGGAUUACUGCUUACAAGACAAAACAGCAGGCUCCCUGGGCACGGCUGGGCGGGUCUGCAAUAAGACAUCACGCGGCACGGAUGGCUGUGAGGUCAUGUGCUGUGGGCGGGGCUACGACACCACGAGAGUCAAGCAAAUCACCAAGUGCGAGUGCAAGUUCAAAUGGUGCUGCGCUGUGGAGUGUAAGGACUGUGAGGAAGCUGUGGACAUACACACGUGUAAAGCUCCCAAGCGAGCUGAAUGGUUGGACCAGAGCUGAGGAUGCACCCCCUCUGCCCCCUGUAAUGCAACCCCACCCCUUUCCCCUUUACGGGACAUCCUGUGGAACAUGGCAUUCUGGGAAAGUUUGUCCGAAAGUGCUCUGCCCUCCCCUGCCACAACCUCAGUUCAUCAUUGCAUGGCUUUUCUACCUGUCUCCAUGAAAGCACUAUAGUUCAG